ACUGCUCAGUGUCACAGACUGCUAGAGGAUUGCAAGGAAGGACCCAUAUCAUCUGAUACAAUGGAUCAAGAAGGACCCAACUGUUCAUCAAUUGAUUGCCUGCUUGAAAAAUACUACCUAUCCACUGUGUACUCUCUGGAGUUUAUAUUCGGCAUCAUUUGCAAUGGGGUGGUGAUGUUUGGCUAUAUUUUUUGCAUGAAGAAGUGGACAAGUGGACACAUAUACCUGUUUAAUUUGUGUCUAUCAGACUUCACUUUUCUCUGCACCCUCCCUCUACUGAUUGAAAGCUACACCAGUGGUCGAUGGAUAUUUAAUGAGUCCUUAUGCUACAGCAAUAGAUACUUACUACAUGCCAACCUGUACACCAGCAUCCUCUUCCUCACUUUCAUCAGUAUUGAUCGAUACCUUAUUAUUAAGUUCCCGUUCAAAGACCACAUUAUGCAGAAAAAAAUUGUUUCAAUCAUACUAUCUAUUGGAAUCUGGAUUGUGGUCAUAUUAGAAAUAGCACCGAUUCUGUUCUUUAUAGAAUUGCGUGAUAACAGUCAGUGUCUGAGCUAUGGCAGUUCCGGGUUGGCCACGUACAGUCUUGUGUACAGUAUUUGUCUUACUGUCACAGGCUUUCUUAUCCCUUUGUGCACCAUGUGUGUGUUUUAUAUGAAAAUGGUUCGCUUCUUGAGAAAUAGGAAUGAGCAGCUUACAACAUCAUUUUCUCUAGAAAAACCGCUCACUUUAGUGUAUGUUGCUGUAAUUGUGUUUUUUGUAAUAUUUACUCCUUAUCACAUCAUGAGAAAUGUGAGGAUAGCAUCACGUAUGGAGCAAUGGAAGCUGAAUAAUGACUCAAAGAUUGCCAUCAAUGCCAUAUAUGUAGUUACAAGACCUAUUGCAUUCUUAAACAGUGUGAUAAACCCUGUGUUUUAUUUCCUUAUGGGAGACAAUUUCAGGGAAAUGUUGCUAUCCAAGCUAAGGCACUUAUUUGCAGUAAUAAAGUGUCGUUGUGUUGUUUAUAACUAUAAAUCCGAAGGCAACGACUCAAGAUGUUAUACAACAUAUUCUUAGCAACAAGCAUGUAUAUACUGAGGAGAUGUAUCAAACCUGGGGAGAGAUAAAGUACCAAUCAAUUAGCUUCUGACAUUUUACAGGCUCAUUAGUGCUCGCCCAGCUGUCAGCAAGCCGGCGGUCGGGAUCCCUGCGCCGGUAUGCUGGCCCCGGCCACUCAUGCUACACCCCCACCUUAUCUCUCUCUAAGGCUUAAUACUUCUCCCCCACUGUAUGUUCUAUUAAAGGUCAUAGUCACUAUUUUUCUGUUAAACAGAACUGUUUUGUGUUAAAUUGAUACGUUGUAGGAGUUUUCCUGCUGACUAAACAUGGCAUGACAUUGAGAUGUUUUAAAUAAAUAUGUAAUAUAUUUUGAAGCAGUGUAGUAUGUUUUUAUCAUGUAGCUUGGAUAAAGCACAUUUCCUUCCUCUGUCAUUAGAAUGCUUUUAGAACCAGUAAAGAUGGUAUUUUGCAGGGUAAGGGCAUCAGAACAAUAAACAUCAUUAAAACA